CGCCGGUCGACCCAGCGCCGGGUAUAUAUAGCUGGCUCUCACAGUCUCUCAACAUCUUCAGCUGAUCCUCACACAGUCAACAUGAAGCUCGUUCUCCUCACCACCCUCCUGGGCCUGGCCGCCGCCGCUCCUCAGCUUAGCUCCGACCGUGACGCCUACAUAAUCACGGAUGAGCGGACGGACAACGGCGACGGAAACUUCAAAUACUUAUUCGAGACCAGCAACGGCAUCUUCUCCCAGCGUACCGGCACCCCGGGCAGCGAGGGCCAGAGCAACAUGCAGGGCUCCGAAAGGUUCACCUUCCCUGACGGCACCGUUGCUGAGAUCACCUACGUUGCCGAUGAGAACGGCUACCGCGCUGAGUCCCCCCUCAUCCCUACAGACCAUCCUCUCCCCGCCCACGUCUACGAGCUCCUUCGCAUCGCCGAGGAGCAGCGCGCCAAGGGCAUCACCUUCGACUAACUUUGCCUCCUACUUGACGUCUUUCCUUGCUGUACAUAAUGUUCCCCGACCACUCGCACGACCCAGCGCUAACAUGUUGUUUGUAUCCACUCGAGUCUUUCUGAAAUAAACGACUAGUUCUGUU